AUGACCUUGAGGAGUGGCAAGAAAGUCCAAGGACCUGAACCUGUGAUCCCUAAGGACAAGGAUGAGGAAAAAAUCGAGAACGAGUUUGAGAAGGAGGGUAGCAAUGGCAAAAAUCCAGUGGUACUCCCUAACUCGAUCGUUGAGGUCAAAACUCAUCCGCUUCCUUUCCCUAACAGGUUGGAGAAACCGAAGAAACAGGAUAAGGGGAAGGAGAUUCUGGAGGUGUUCCGCAAGGUAGAUAUCAAUAUCCCCUUGUUAGACGCAAUCAAACAAGUGUUGAAAUACGCAAAGUUUCUGAGAGACUUGUGUGUCAAUCGAAAGAGACUAAAGAGAGAUGAAAGAGUCAUCGUGGUGGAGAAUGUGUCAGCGGUUCUACAAAGGAAGCUCCCACCGAAAUGUGGGGACCCAGGUAUGUUUACUAUCCCCUGUAAGAUAGACAAUACUUUGAUUAGGAAGGCUAUGCUGGAUUUAGGAGUAUCGAUCAAUGUAAUGACAAAAUCUAUUUAUGCUUCUCUAAACCUAGAUUCAUUAAAAGAAACUGAGAUAAUUAUUCAAUUAGCGGACCGAACUAAUGUAUAUCCUGAUGGGUUGGUUGAAGAUGUAUUGGUAAAAAUUAAUAAUUUGGUAUUCCCAAUUGAUUUUUAUGUAUUUGAUAUAGAUGAUGAUCACUCCCCCGAUCCCUCAUCUUUGCUAUUAGGUAAAUUCUUUUUUAGUACAGUACAGACUAAAAUUGACAUUAAUAAGGGUACCUUGUCCAUGGAGUUUGAUGGAAAAAUUGUUCAUUUUAAUAUUUUUGAUACUAUGAAAUAUCCCUCAAAUUCUAACUUUAGUUCUGUUUUUUUUGUGAGUGCUAUUGACCCUGCGGUGCAGGAAGUGUUUAAAACUGCUGGCAGGGAUGAGUUGAAGGUUGCUUUAACCAAACACGUCAACAUGGAGACAACUCUUGAGGUAGAGUAG